CUUCUAGGUAGCCAAAAAAACCCUCUCUUCCCUUUCGACGGCCCAUUUCGAACGAACCGCAACCAACCCCCCCGACGUCACCUCAAUUGAGCUCCCUCCGCUCUCUCGAACCGUCCCUUUAGCGAUUUUCGACUCCCCCAGACAAAACCACGACCGAAAACCACACAAUGUUGCGAACCCCGACCGUUUCCCUGGCCCGUGCCGGCCUGCGCGCCGCCCAGCAGACCACCGUCAUCCGCCGCGCCGCCACCACCCACGCCAUCUCUAACCCGACACUCGCCAACAUCGAGAAGAGAUGGGAGGGCAUGCCCCUCCAGGAGCAGGCCGAGCUUUGGAUGGCGUUGAGGGACCGCAUGAAGGGCCCCUGGGCGGAGCUGACUCUUCAGGAGAAGAAGGCCGCCUACUGGAUUGCUUUUGGUCCCCACGGUCCCCGCGCCGGCACCCCCGCUGGUGAGGGUACCCGCGUCUUCUGGGGUGUUGCCGCCUCCGUCGCUGCCAGCUUGGCCAUCUUCGCCACCGUCCGCCUCUUCGCCGGCCCUGCCCCCGACACCAUGACCAAGGAAUACCAGGAGGCUUCCAACGAGUUCCUCAAGAACCAAAAUUCCGACCCCAUCACUGGUCUCUCCUCCGAGGGCUACUCCGGCAAGGGCAUGGUCCAGUCUCCUCCCAAGGCCAACUAAUCGAUAUCCUCCUUCCCUAUCGUCUCUUAGAAUCACAAUCACAAUUCGACCAUGGCAGUUUGCCCAUGUAUAAAAGGACUACUAGUAGAGCUGGCAUGGGCUGGGGGGCUUGCGACGUGACUCGAGGACAACCAUCUGCUUGGUGUAAAUACUGUAUUAAAAGAGCUGAAUUCCAAGCAUCUUUCCUUUUGUU